GUAGGCUAUGGCAAGUGUAUUGCGAUGUGGAGGAUCAUUUGUGAGGGCUACGAUUCGUGCUGCAAUCAGAGGUGGUUGCUGGCCACAUUGCAAUCUACGGAAAUUUGUGCCAACUGGUCGUUGCAUAUGGAUCCCCUUUAGGAUUUGCACAAAUUCUAUAAUGACAACAUCAGCUCUACAGAAAACAGUUCCUUUUCUGUUGUCAGACAUUGGAGAAGGUAUCGCUGAAGUCACCGUCAAGGAAUGGUAUGCAUUGUAUGAACACACAACCAAUUUCUGUAGCAAACUACAAUUGCUAAAUAAGGUGAUGGCAGAAUUUAGUGUUUAUCUAAAGCAUGUAAAGAGACAGCAAUCAUUGAAUGAUCAGCGAAAUGCAAGGGUUUCACCUCAAGUAAAUGCGGCAUCAAAUGGAAUGGUCUCUAUGAAGAAUGUGCAGCCUGGAGACAAAGUUGCCGAGUUUGACAGUAUCUGUGAAGUACAGAGUGAUAAGGCUACUGUUGGAAUAACGAGCAGAUACAGUGGCAUUGUACGAAACCUAUAUCAUGAAGUAGAUGGCAUUGUGAAAGUUGGUGAGGCCUUGAUUGACAUUGAGCUUGAAGCAAAUGGAGAUGCUACAGACGAUCAAGUUGUUGAAGAUUUCACAAUUCCUCUGGUUGAACAUUCACAUUCAGUACCAGUCAGUUAUGUAUCAGCCGAGGCAUCACCACCAGUGAAAGAUGAAGCAGCAGCAAGUCAGAAGGCACUGGCAACUCCUGCUGUGCGGAAUCUUGCUAGAGAACUUAAAGUCAACUUGGCAGAUGUGCUUGGUACUGGGAAGAAUGGUCGUGUUCUGAAGGAAGAUGUGCAUAAGUUUGUGGAAGUAAGAAUGUCUCCCUUGCCAUCAGCUCCAACUCCAGUUUCACAUGACAGUAUUCCGAGUCGGCAAGAUGAAAGAAAGCCAGUACAAGGCUUUAUGAAGACAAUGCUGAAAACGAUGACUGCAUCCAAUCUAAUUCCACACCUUGGAUUUCACGAUGAGAUUAGAAUGAAUGAACUGGUGAAAUUUCGUGAAAGAAUAAAAGAAACAUUAAGCCAAAGAGGAGUCCACUUCACAUACAUGCCAUUCUUUAUAAAGGCUGCGUCUCAAGCACUGUUGAAGUUUCCUAUAUUCAACAGCUCGUUCAACGACGACUUGACUGAGAUUACAUACAAAGCAAACCAUAACAUUUCGGUAGCCAUGGACACUCCGGAUGGACUUGUGGUACCGAACGUCAAGUCGGUGCAGACCAAGUCAAUAUUGGAGAUAGCAGAGGAGCUAAACAGAUUGCAAGAGCUCGGAGCCAAAAACCAUCUCGGGCCAAACGAGCUUGGUGGCGGGACUUUCACAAUUUCAAACAUCGGAAAUAUAGGUGGCACGUACGUAAUGCCGCUAAUCGUCCCGCCACAAGUCUGCAUAGGAGCCACCGGACGCAUUCAGACCUUACCCCGAUUUGGCGCCUGCGAAAGUGUCGUAGCGACUCACGUGAUGAAAGUCAGUUGGUCGGCGGACCACCGCAUCAUUGACGGAGCCACGAUGGCUCGUUUCUCUAACGUGUGGAAGGCUUACCUUGAAGAUCCUAGUAGAUUGCUGCUUGACUUGAGGUAACGAGAGUUUCUGUCAUUGUGUCUAGUCAAAAUUCUAAAAAUGUAAUAAACAACACGAGC